ACAUGAUGACGCCUGAUAAACUGUAAUAGGAUGUUCGAUGAUUUUAUCCGCAUGUAGAGGGACACAGUGACCCUGAACUGAAUCGGGGUGAAUUUAUUUCUGCUAUCUUAGUAUUUGGGGUGAUUUUGUCGGCUGAUGGGGGCCGGUGACAGUAGGAGCAGAUCUGUGUCAUACGGACUGGAUGAACAGGACAAUGUCACGGUCCUACAAGGAGUUAAGCUGUCCGGUGAUGUUCUUCAGCGGAUGAGGGAGUCGGGAUCUUCUCCAGAGAAACCAGCGUCACCCAAACCAGAGAGUGCCAAACCUGAGCCAGGGCCUUCCAGACCUUCUGCAGCAGAGACACAUGAGGAGCGCAGGAGACGUUUUGAGCGGGAACAGGCUCUGGUCCAGGAAGAGUUGGCCCGGAUCGCCCGUCGAGAGCGAGAGGCGGCGGGAGACGACAUGAACCCAGCAGUGCUGCGAGAGAGAGCAAACACACGCCAGGACCUGGAGAAAACACACAGCCUGCCGGAUGAGUUGAAUGUUCGGGCCCGACAGCUGAAGACGAAAGAAAAUGAACUGAAACAUCUCGAACAGUUUUACAAGGAGCAACUACAACUGAUGGAGAAGAAGAAUACUGACUACUAUCAACAGACACUACACAUGUACACGCAAGAGGCGGUUAAAGCAGAGGCUGCGGUGAAGCGUCGUCAUGUGAGUCCCAUCUGCCCUGAGCUGCAGUCGCAGGUGUUGAACUGCUACAGACUGAAUGGACAGCAGACGCUGCACUGCUCACAGCUGGCCAGAGACUACAUGAACUGCAUCAACACCUCCAAGAAGAACAUGUUGGUGAAUCACGGAUGAAGAGGAUGGUUGAUGCAGCGUGAGAAGACGUCCAUCCGGAUACAUUUGUGUGUGUGAAUGUGUGUGUGUGACUGUGGUAUCAGGAUUGUGUUGGUUUGUUGAGCUGAUCUUCAUUUACUGUGAGCAAAUAAAGUCUCUUCAGCGCUGUUUA